GAGAAUCGAGAACAAAUGAUCAACGCCAUCCGCCUUAGCCAUCUCGUAUUAUUGUUGUAUAGAAAAUGUCAGGUCUGUGCCUGUCCCGUCUGUGCAUGUCGAGAACGCUUCAUUGUCUUCUUCGACCAGCAGCAGAAAGUAAAAGUGGAUCAUCUUUUCUGGAUAGAAAGUUUCUUUCUAACAGCCCCCUCGCUUGUAGCGAAUUCUCAAGAAGGAACAAAUAGUAAGAAAGCACCCAGACGGAUAUUUUCUGGGAUUCAGCCCACAGGAGUUUUACAUUUGGGCAAUUAUUUUGGAGCAGUUCGACAAUGGGUUCAAACUCAAAACGAAAACUCACUCUUCAGCAUUGUAGAUCUUCAUUCAAUUACUCUUCCCCAGGACCCAAAAGCACUGAAAGAGAACAUCCUGAAAAUGGCUGCAUCACUUCUUGCCUGUGGGAUCGAUCAUGAGAAAUGCAUUCUCUUUCAGCAAUCAAAGGUCCCUCAACAUGCUGAACUCUCUUGGGUUCUAAGCUGUCUAACAACCCUGCCACGAUUGGGACAUUUACCUCAAUUUAAAGAGAAAUCAGCAAAAAUGACAGACAUCCCUUUAGGCCUUUAUAUUUAUCCUGUUCUUCAAUCUGCCGAUAUUUUGCUAUACAAAGCCACCCAUGUUCCUGUGGGUGAAGAUCAGUUGCAGCAUAUACAGCUGGCUCAACAUCUGGCAAGAGUAUUCAACAACAAAUAUGGCCCCAUAUUUCCAAGACCUAGUGCUGUAGUAUAUGACGAAUCGGCCAGCAGAUUGAAAAGCUUGCGGAAUCCGGAUAAAAAGAUGUCAAAAUCUGACCCUGACGCAAAGAGCAGGAUAGAGCUCACUGACGAUCCUGACGUCGUCGUCGAAAAGUGCAAGAAAGCCAUGACUGAUUUCACAUCAGCUGUCACAUACGAUCCAGCCAUCCGGCCAGCUGUGUCCAAUUUGAUCAUUCUUCACUCGCUUUGCACUGGCCUAGAUGCAGAUCGUAUCUGUCACGAGAACCAACACAUUGACACUGCCCAGUACAAACUGGUUGUCGCCGAGGCAGUUAAUGAAUUUCUUCGACCAAUCCGCCAUCGGUACAUGGAGCUAUUGAAAGACCCCAACUACUUGAUCAGCAUACUUGAUCAGGGUGGCGCUAGAGCUGCCGACAUUGCCCAAGAAACGUGGCGGGAAGUCAAGAGUGCCGUAGGUCUCACUGUUUCAUCUUGAGGCAAUUGUAAUAAUAACGAAAACGCAAUAGAGUCUUAUUUCAGCAUC